AUGUCGUUGGUGUUCUCUGGUGAAAAUUUGGAACCUGAUGGCCCUGGAAGCAGCGAGGUGUUUUUUACGCCAGAUAAAAAGGCGUACACAGAGGACAACAUAUUGAUUUACAAUAUUCUCGUAUACAACAUUCCAAGAAGGUUGAAGGACGCCGAUAUAAGUCGUUAUUUUUCUAAGUUUGGUAUGAUUUCGGAAGUACGCCUAGUGUAUGAUAAAAAGAGAUCUCGUCGUUCUUCGCCGACAGUAGGAUUUGUGAACUUUGUCGAACCAGAAAGUGCUUACAGAGUAUUGCAGAAAUUUAAUCACCGUAUAAGAGGUUCACGUGUUGGGGUCAAAGCUGGCAGUAGUUUGAAUCAGCCUGAUGCCGAAAAGGCAUAUAGCCAAGAGAAAUGUGGAACCCAACAAAAGAAAGCUAAAACUCCGAACGUUGCUACGAAACUUGGGCUGAAUAUGCUAUCGCUAAAUGAUGAUUGCUUAGAGAUUAUAUGUGGCCUAUUAGGGCUACGAGAUCAAGUACGUUUUGCGCGAGUAUGCAAUCGUUUUCAAGUAAUAUUCCAAAUGUUAUCCAGACGCGCAUAUAAAAGGUUCGAAUUUCGUAAAACCAUAGGGAUGACAUUAUGGGAGAUAUGGGACUUCUUUCGUUUUGCUGGCAAAAAUAUUGAAGAAGUGGCUGGCGAAGUACCAUAUGUGAAUCGUGAACGCAUCAUUACAUUUAUUAGAACGUGCUGCGUCAACUUAAAACGAAUCACAUUGUUCGAUAGUGAAAUGGAGUCCGAUUGCCUGAAGAAAUUACUUCGCAGUUUUCCUCUAUUACGGGAGUUACAUUUGCAUACUUGCGAUGUAGAUGACCUCUCAAUACAAUAUCUGCAAUAUUUGACUCAAUUAGAGAGCCUGACUCUCUCCGUUAAUUCUGCGAUAACAGGCAAAUUUAUGAACUCGCUGGUACAGCUGAAGGUUCUAAAUUUGUAUGGUUGUAGAAAUAUUCAAACUUCCAAUAUGGUUGAAAUAUGCCGUUCCAUGCCGAACUUAAAAUCGCUUGACAUACGUCGUUGUAAACGGCUAUCGCCAAUCUUUUUCGACACCUUGGCAGAACAUUGUCAGCAACUCGAAAUAUUGAAAAUGUCUUGCCCAGAUUUUCCAUAUGAGCAUAUAACAUUAUUACCUCGACUGAAACACAUUGAAUUGUUACUCCGCACUUCUGUUUUGGUAUCACCUACACAGAUUUUUUUCAAAUUGGUCGAAAAUAAGUCGCAGCAACUAGAAACCUUAAAAAUCUAUGGCGCAAAUUCAAUCAAUCCUCAAGAAAUAAGUUCCAUAUCAAAAUUGGAAAAACUGAAAUCAUUAUAUUGCACAAAUAAUCAAGCAAUCGACGAUGACGCGCUUCGAAAACUUUGCCAAUUAGAGCAACUUGAAGAGCUGGUUAUCAAAAACAGUGGCAAUAUAACAAAUGAAGCUCUGAUAAAACUGUUGCGAAGUUGCAAGCAUCUGCGUCACUUAAAUAUACAAUUUUGCAAAAAAAUUACUUGUGAAUUCGUCUUAGAAGCCAUAAAUAUAUUAAAAGAUCGUAAAGGAAGAUCUCAACUUCCAUUCGUCCUUUUUGUAUACGGAACAUCUAUAGAUAAAUAUGGAAUUUCAGAGUUUCAGAAAUACACGGAGGCUGAGAAAGAGUCACUUAUCAAAAUAGUGUUCGAAAUAUUAACUGUUGAUAUAAGAAUUCCUAGCAACGAUAUUUACGACUUGUGGGAUAGCGAUGAUUGGUACUUGUUGUAUUCUUACCGAUGA